GUAAAGUGAAAACUUGUGGGGAAUAGGGUUUUCGGUGAUAAAAUCGGGCUGACCCGAACCCGGUUUAGUGCGAGAUUCCACUGUCCGUCGUUAACAAAGGAGCUAAAUCUCAGAACGAUUUCUCGAUUUGCUUUUGCGACAUUAUAAUUUUCCUUUCAAUUGACUCAGUGAGUCGCCGAUCGAGUUAGAAAUGGGAAUGGGAAGUAACGGAGAAUUGAAGUAUGAGAUCUCCCAGAACGCGUACAUCAAACUCGUUCUUCACUCGCUGCGACACAAGACGGCGGCGGUCAACGGAGUCCUCGUCGGUAGAAUCAGCCCUAAGGACGACGGAGUUGUAGAGAUCUCAGAUUCUGUGCCGCUCUUUCACUCUAACCUCGCUCUCCUUCCUCCUCUCGAGAUCUCCCUCAUCAUGAUAGAGGAGCAUUAUGUGGCUCAAGGUUUAAGUAUUGUUGGAUACUUUCAUGCAAACGAGAGGUUUGAUGACGUUGAGCUCUGUGGUGUGGCUAAAAACAUUGGUGAUCACAUUUCUCGCUAUUUCCCUCAGGCACCAAUUCUCUUGUUGAACAACAAAAAGCUUGAAGCCUUAUCAAAGGGUAAAGAGCGAAGCCCUGUGAUGCAGCUCUGUGUGAAGGAUGCUUCUAAGAACUGGAGAGUAGUUGGAGCAGAUGGAGGAAGCAAGCUACUCUUAAAAGAGCCAUCGGCCAAUGUAGUUUUGUCAGAUUACAUUUCAUCUGAGAAAUGGAAGGACGUCACAGAUGUUGAUGAUCAUCUUGAUGAUGUAACAAAGGACUGGCUAAACCCUGGACUUUUCAACUGAAGAUGGGUAUGCGACAUAGCUAAACUAGACUUUUGCUUUCAUCAUCUUCUGUCGAAAAACAAAAAAGUUCUCGGAGACCAUUGUUUAAAAUUUCCCUUGAAUCUUGUUAAAGUAUUAUCCAGCUAUGCAACAGAGCUCAAAUUACUUUUAAUUGGUACACAUCUUAAACCUUAGUUAUAUCAUUUGAAUGAUAUCUUUUGGAGCUUGUUACAUUUUGAUUAUAUAGUUGGAAUGAAGAAAGCUCUACUUUAUUUGGCU